AUGGCGCCGCCAACUGAAGACCAGCCCCUCGUUAACCUCAAGCCAUUGCUGGCGAGGCUUUGGCCUUUGGGGCACCCCGACCCAGUCUCGCCAGUAGAAAUUGCCGAAGCCAUCUCGCAUUUCUUCACCAACCAAGUCUCGGAAGUUCAAGCCGGUGCUUUGCUGAUGUGCCUACACUUCACGGGCUUGGAUCGCCAGGCUGAGGUAUUGGCCAAGACAGCAGAAUGCAUGCUCAAGUCUGCCGCAAAGAUUGAUCAACCCCUCCUUCGGGCGGCCAUUGACGCAAGGAGGAGGAAAGAAGGACAAUAUGAGGGCGGGUUGGUCGACAUCGUCGGCACAGGAGGCGACUCCCACAACACCUUCAACAUCAGCACGACGGCCUCCAUCAUCGCCUCGAGCCUCCUCCUCAUCGCCAAGCACGGCAACAGGGCAUCGACCUCGAAAUCGGGCUCCGCCGACCUCCUCAACUGCAUGCAGCCACAGCCGCCCCAAAUAGACCGCAUCCGCCCGGACACUAUCGCCGAGCUGUAUAGCAACACCAACUACGGCUUCCUGUUUGCCCCCGUCUUCCACCCGGGUAUGCGGCACGUCGCGCCCAUCCGCAAGCAGCUGCCAUGGCGCACCAUCUUCAACCUCGUCGGCCCGCUGGCCAACCCCACCGACCUGCGCGACCCAACCCAGCCAGCCGGCGCCGACCCCCUCCUCGAAGCGCGCGUGAUCGGCGUGGCGCGCAAGGACAUCGGCCCCGUGUUCGCGCACGCGCUGCGCCUCGGCGGCGCGCGCAAGGCCAUGGUGGUGUGCGGCGACGAGGAGCUGGACGAGAUCAGCUGCGCGGGCGACACGCUGUGCUGGCGGAUCCGCCCCGCCGAUGAUGGUGAUGGCACCUCCUCUGGCGGCGGCGAGGAGGCCAUCACGGAGCACUUCCGGCUGCACCCGCGCGACUUCGGCCUGCCGGCGCACCCGCUGUCGGCGGUGUCGCCGGGCAAGGAGCCGCACGAGAACGCGGGGAUCCUACGCCGAAUCCUGGACGGCCACGUGCCCGACGACGACCCCAUCCUGCACUUUGUGCUGAUCAACGCCGCCGCGCUGUUCGUGGUGUCGGGCAUCUGCGAGGCCGACACGAGCGACCUGGGCCAUGGGGACGACGGCGCCGUCGUCACGGAGAGGGGCCCCGGAGGCGGGCGGUGGAAGGAGGGCGUGCGCCGCGCGCGGUGGGCCAUCAAGAGUGGCGAGGCUGCGAGGCAGUGGGCCAAGUUUGUCGAGGUCACGAACAGUUUCAAUGCUUGA